AGACCUGGGCGCUAAAGACUUCCCAAGUAAAAAGUCUCCUCCCUUCAAAGAAACCAAGUUUUUCCCAGACGUUGAAGAACACUACACUAAUUGGAACAAGAACAAUGCAAAGGCAGGUCUUGUCAUAUCAAGGGGUCACCUCGCACCAAACGGAGACUUUGUGCUGAGGGCUGAGAUGGAUGCUACUUACUUUCUAGUCAACGCCGUCCCUCAAUGGGAGAAACUCAACAUAGGAGUAUGGGAAGCUGUAGAGAAUGUCGUGAGGAAGCGGAAUACCAAGCUGGAAGUGUGGACGGGCACUUACGGGGUACUGGAGCUACCCCAACCAAUCUUCCUCAACCCAAAAAACACUGUGCCUGUGCCCGCCUACAUAUGGAAGAUGAUCUACGACCCUGGCCAACAGUCUUCUGAGCUCAUAGUUUCGGUCAACGACAUCACUGGAAAAGGAACUCUUACAGGAGCAAAACUGAAUGUCGCCCCAUUUUGUACUGACGUGAAGAAUGCAAAGUGUGCGUGUUUUCCAUGCCCAAACCUGAAUGUGAAAGUAAAUAAAAUAUUCUGUUGCCGCGCCAAUGACCUCAGAAAUACCAUCAAGUACCUACCUACAGUCCAGGGCACUCCUGGAGCAGGCUAAAGGAGUUAUUAACAUAUCUCACUAAACAAUACGUUACACUAAAUGUUA